AUGGCUGAGAAAACUUCACGAACACUCCCAUCUGGCUCGAGCAAAACGGCCACGACAUUGAUGGCCUAUGCACAAUUAGAAAUCGAUAAUAGUUCAACAUGUAUCCCAAGACUUUGUAAAUUUAGUAUUGUUCGUGUGGCAUUAAAUCGUCCAAUCGAUGGUGGUGACUCCAAUGCGAUUGUCAUUGCUGUCAAAAUUCAAAGUAAUAAACGGACAUUUCGUUGCUGUGAAAUUUCACUUCAACCAGACGGAACAUUGGACGCACCAGUUAAUCUCCAAUAUUUAAUUACGUACCCUCAUUACUUUAAACGGGAUAUAAAUAAAAUUCAAAUCUAUGUUCAACGUCGAAAGAAUCGACCGAUGAUUGGUUAUAAGACAUUGGCAAAGGGGGAAAUCAAUUUGAAUCAAGUCAUUCAACGUCCUCAAAGUCUGGAUUUGUAUUUGUAUUUGAAUACCAAUGAAAAAGUAAAACAAAAUCUUCGUUCGACUAUACAUGAAGAAGCAUUUGUGACAACCAAUGAUGAAAUACAGAAACGACUUGUUGGGUACGUCUCGAUUCAAUAUCUGUCAAGUACAAUACCAAAUGAAACGACAGAUACAACAACAGCACGUCCAAAAGUCGGCAUGACAGGAAAACAACAUUCACAUUUCGAUAAAUCAUUCAAUGAAGAUGAUGAAUACAUCGAAGAAGAAGAGAUCAAUUCUGAAUUGGAAGAUAGUGACGUGGAAUUUAAUUUAAAGAACAAACAACUGCAAAAAUUCAAUCCGAAUGUCAUUCGAAAUAAGAUCAUAAAAAUGUUCAAAAGAAAACCGAACCAAACUAGCACAGCACCAAACCCAGCGAGUAAUGCAACAACAACAAAUCCGACAAUUUCUACACACCAACAAGAUCGUUUUAUUGUCGAUCACCAUUCAGAUUUCGAAGAGGAUCCUCCAUCUGAUAUCAGUGACAGCACCAUACCUGUUGAUCAAUGGAGUAUCGAAUCUGUCCCGAAACCAGGUUUCACACCAGUUGAGCAUUUACAAGUACUGAAAUUUUCGGAAGACGAUCCUUAUACUCCAAGGAAAUCAACCAACCCAUUCGAUAGUAAUGAUAGUCCAUUAGAUUCAGAAUCAUCGGAUGUGGGAAUAGAAGUCGAACGAACAAAUUUACCAUCACCGGUAGUGUUACCGGUUCUGGAAGAAAAAACGCCACGCACUCCUGCAACGAGUACUGUCAAGCAACUCGAUGAACUCUAUACGAAUGACCGUCUUCCAGAAAGUGUCAUAUUUCUUUAUACAACAAUCAAUCAACCUAAUCUUACGGCAUCGAAAUUUAAAGAAUACAAUCUUUCUGUUAUUUCAUUGUCCACAUUAGCUGAUACAAAAGCGGUUUUGAAUAAUUUGAUUCAACGUAUACAAAAAAAUACGAGUCAAUCGAAACAAGUGUCAGUUAUACGUCUUGUCCUUCUUGGUAAUGAUGCAUUUGUUAAUUCGUUUCUUCAAUCCUACGUCGAAUGUUUGGCUUCAAGACCCCAUGAAUACAUGAAUUAUUUUCGAUUUUAUUUUGUACCAUUAACUUUUUCGUAUUUGGCAAAAUUUCUGGCUACUUUAGAUUCGCAGUAUGAAUCGUUGUUCGGUGCAGUUGAAUCGUCGAAUGAAGCAAUUGAUAUUAGGGAGUUAACACAAAAAAUUUCACGAUAUUUGAAAACAUCUCAACGUACAUUGGCCUUACCUGUGGGUGAAGUUAUGCUCAAUCGAAAAGGACGAUUACCAGAUGAAGAUUCAUCACCAACAUUUUUGCCGUUUUUUUCCUAUGUUCGACUUGGGACAUUAUCGUCGACAUCCAAUGAAUCUCAAAUGUCGUCAGUUGAUGACAAUAUUCUUCUAUCAAAGUCGCUUUCACUCUCGUUGUCAUCACAUCCGCAACGCGACUCAAAGGAUUCGUCCGAUGAUGAACCAACACAAACAAUGUCAACAUCUCCACAAUCGAAAAUCACCAUGGACUAUUGGACUAUCGUCGGCAACAACGAUAAUCAAAAAGAAAAGAGAGAAGGAAUGCGAACUAUCAAAUCAUCAUUAAAAUCUAAUAUACGUUGGUUAACAAUAACAAGACAAGCAACAAUAAAUUUUGAUGGAAAAAUCUCAUCACCGUUAACGAUGACUUACAUCACCCGAGAAAAGAAACAGAAAAUUAUGAAAUUCGGUAAGAAGCUCAAGGAUUUAUCCAAUGCAAAGUUACUUGAACCACAAGUGAUAACAGGUAUUAACCGUCUUGUAUGUACUUCAAAAGCACAAAAUGUGGAGUUAAAAGUCACUGUCGAUGGACAAGAAUGGAGUAAUAUAUUUUCAAUCUUGUCAAUGAUGAUGGGAAGUUCGAUUUUAUCUGUCUUCAUUUGUCUUCUUUGCAUUGCGGCAAAGCACAUCAAUGGUCAAUCAAUGCAACUUGUCGCCGGUCAUGUCUUGUACAGACACGGAGAUCGAACACCUGUAACAACAUUCCCAUUAGAUCCAGUCAAGCCAAGUGAAUGGCCCAAUGGUUUUGGACAAUUGACGAAAGCUGGUAUUGAACAACAACAUCGUCUUGGUGCUUAUCUUCGUCAUCGUUACGGAAUGUUACUCAAUGCGACUUUUAUUCCAAGUGAAAUUGUUGUUCGUUCAACAGAUGUGGACCGAACAUUAAUGUCCGCCCAGUCUAACGUAGUCGGCCUUUAUCCAGUCGAGAACAUAACAUCCGAUAAUGUUCCAAUUCAACCAAUGCCCAUCCAUACUGUCUCAAUUAAUCUAGAUUUUUUACUUGGACAAAAUGAUUGUCCACGAUACGAUCAAAUUGAAGAAGAAAUAAACGAAAGUGACGAAGUAAAAAAAAUGAACAAAUAUUAUGAACCAUUCUUUCAAAAACUUGAACAAUGGACCGGUUUGACGAAUAUAACAGUAUACAACGCCUGGGAUGUUGCUGACACAAUAUUUGUUGAACAUAUUUAUAACAAAACUCCAGCAUGGGCAGAUGAUUCCGUUCGAAAGAAUUUAUCGGAUAUAAAUGAUCUUGCAUUUCAUUAUCUUUUCGCCAACAAUGACAGUCAACGAAUUCGAGGAGGCCCAUUGGUACAGGAUGUUUGGUUAAAUAUGAAUGAUUCAGUGCAUGGAAAAUCCUUUCGAAAGGUGAAAAUGUAUUCAGCACAUGAUACAUCUGUCAGUCCUGUUCUCGCUUUUCUGGGUAUCAAUUAUCCACAUCAACCACAAUACGCAUCAGCUGUAUUUAUCGAUCUUUAUCAAAAAGGUUCAUCGUACUUUGUCAGAGUGGAAUAUUUAAAUGUCACUGAUUCAAAUAUGCCUUAUCCAUAUGUAUUAGAUGGUUGUCCAACAGCUGAUUGUCCAUUUGAUACAUUUACUGAUAUUUACAAGGUUCGUUUUCCAGGCACACCUGAUGUUGAAUGUGCUCGAAAGAAACCACCGAUGCCCCCUAUGCCUGGCGGCGAUAAUUCGACGAUGAUAAUCAUUCUUGUCGUGGCCAUUGUUAGUCUUGUAAUCAUUAUUGCUGCGAUAUUUCUAUGUGUACAACUACGCAAAACUGAUCGCGACGCACCACUGAUUGGACUCAACCGAUCAUUACAAGUAAUUUAG